AUGUCAUUAGAACAUGACGAUCACUUGAUAUAUUUAUGCCCACUUAUUACUGCUUCAGCAGAGUCUCAGGUGCGUGAUGGUGCCUACUGGGGUGCAAUGUUCCGAGCUACAAAUCGACCGACACGAAAAACGUUUCGGGAAACUUCCCAGCUGGCACGUGUUAUCAGCAACCGUGUUUCUACACCAAUCAUCGGUACAGACACGCUACAACAUCAUAAUUUAUUCAUCGAAAUGCGCAAACGCAGGUUAGUAGACGGAAAUACUAAUUUGUCUGUAUGUGUAACUAUUUCCAUUUUUAGAUUAUCCCCGGGCACAGUAAAGCACACGAUCGAUCCAUACUAUCCACAAGUACUCAAUAGUUACCCUGAGGUAUACCCAACUCAGCCGAAUUUGCCAUGUGUAACCAGCAAGGUUACAUAUCACACCACGACUACAGAACCACCGAAUCAUUCGGCCAUUAAACAGCCCAUAGGAAUCUCCCUUGCAUGUGGUCCCCAUAAAGUACAGCAACGACUACUUCAGACUGGUGAAUAUCGGCGAUUGAAUGCAUAA